AUGUCACUCCGCCGAUCUCGUCGAUCGCGAGGCACAAAGGAUGAGAUAGCAGAACCGGACGCUAACAUGAGGACCAGAUCAACAAGACAGACCCGUGCUACUACUUCAUCUGUAUCUGUAUCUCGGUCUUCAUUGGACUCCACUGGAGAAUCAGUCAGAUCACUCCGCCUGACAGUGAAAAUGCCCGCCAACAGACUACGGGAAGCGACGGGCAGUGGCCGCGCCGCGCGCCGCUCUGUUAAUGUGUUUCGGGAAGAUCCCAUCGUGUCGGGACCCCGCUCCAGUCGGAACCGAAAGAAGAUCGUAGAAGUUGCUACGAGCGAUGAGGAAGAAAUCGGCGACCAAGAGGAAGAUGAGGUCGACGAUGAGGAUGCACCUGGAGAUGACGACGAUGAAGAUGACGCUGACGGCGACGUCGAUAUGGAUGAGACCCCACCACAGCCGCCUGUAAGGCGCGGCAAGGCUGCUCCUGCGCCUCGCGCAAAGCCUCCCAAGAGUGUUGAGGCAAAGGAAAUGGAAUUGGAUGAAGAUGAAGAGGAAGAAGAAGAUGAAGAGGAGGAGCAGAUGUCUGACUCCGACGAGGAUGCCGAGGGUGAGGUUGAAGAUCAGGACGAAAGUGGAGUCCCGGAUGUCACCGUCGAUGAUAUGGAUGACCUCGAUGACGAUAUGCUCGAUGAAGAAUUGGAGGGCGAAUUCCUCGAUGGCGGCAAGAUGACCAAGCGUCAGCGAGGGAACCUUGGCAAUGAUUUCUUGCAGCUCCCUAUGGAGCCCCAAGUCAAGAAGCACUUGACAGCGGAAGAGCGUCAAAUGCGCCGUGCAGAGAUGGCUCGGCGACGGAAGAACCUGAGCGAAAAGCGCAACGAAGAGGAAAAGAUGGAUACAAUCAAUCGACUCCUCAAGAAGCAGGCCCCGAAACGACGUGGUCGUGCCGCGGCAAACGAGGCCGCGGAUGGCACCCCCGCCGGUCAAGAUGUCUCUGAGCCUGAGAAGGCCGACCCUAUUUUUGUCCGAUGGGUCAGUGGCCCCAAUGGCUGCAAAGUCAACGUGCCAGAAGAAUGGCUGGGCACACCUUCCGGACGUAUGUUUGGCGCCCCUCCAGCCGACCCUGCGGGGAAAAUGGUUGGAGAACUUUGAUGCUAUACAAUGCAGUUACAACGGAACGGCGCUUUGAGGAAAUAUCUUAAUACGGCAAUCGGGACUGGGUCAUUUUCAUUUGAAAGGGAAUGGCGUUCAAAACAUGUGUUUAUUUACGAACAAGCUUGAACCAUGCAAUUCAUCAUAUUUGACACUCCAACUACACCGUCUUAUGCGCCGAAUGAGCCAUAUCAUAGCUCUUAUAUAUAUAUAUAUAUAUAUAUAGUUUAGCCGACAAGGAGG